AUGUACAACCGUGUGGGAAGCAGCCGAAGUGCCUGCUUAAGCGCGACAAGCCUCAAGGCCCCCGCGUGCCCUCACGCCGCCAAGCUGCUCCCCCACGGCAACGGAGACCUCAAGCUCCGGGAGGGCUCCUUCCCGCCGAAGGGCGCCGACAAGCUGCCGCCGAUGGCCGAAGACGAGCCGGACCUCAGCAUCCAGAUCAACACAAAGAGCGUCGCCGCGGAGAGGAAAUGGAUCCGGCCCGACCUCCCCAGUCGCUGCACCUGGAGCCUGGGAGCGGCCAAGGACGAGUCCCCCCACCCGCAGGUCGCGAGAGCCGCCGCAGCGACCAUUCUGCCGAACAUCCUGCACCGGAUCGGCGACAUCAACAAGAUCCCCAAAGUGUUUGGACUCAAAUGCGAAUUGUUGGCAAAGUGUGAGUACUUCAACGCCGGUGGGAGCGUGAAGGACCGGACCAGCCUGCGGAUGGUGGAGGACGCAGAGAGAGCCGGGCUCCUCAAGCCGGGAGGGACCAUCAUAGAGCCCACCUCUGGAAACACUGGUGGAUGUUUUGAGGGGACUCGGAGCCGAGAUCGUCCACACGUCCAGCGCUCGCUUCGACUCCCCUGAGUCUCACUUCGGCGUCGCGUCACGCCUUAAAAACGAGAUCCCCAACUCCCACAUCCUGGACCAGUACCG